GAAGAUACUUUCCAGUGCAACAAAGUGAUCGAGAUCAACCCUUACCUGCUGGGCACCAUGUCUGGAUGUGCGGCCGAUUGCCAAUAUUGGGAGCGUCUCCUGGCCAAAUACUGCAGGCUCCACUUCCUUCGGAACAAGGAGCGGAUCAGCGUCUCAGCCGCCUCCAAGCUCUUGGCCAACAUGCUGGCCGAAUACCGGGGCAUGGGGCUCUCGGUGGGCAGCAUGGUGUGCGGAUGGGACAAGAAGGGCCCUGGUCUCUACUACAUUGAUGACAGAGGAGCCCGGCUGAAAGCCCCUCUUUUUUCCACGGGAAGCGGAAACACGUAUGCCUAUGGAAUCCUGGACAGUGGCCACCGGCCCGAUCUUAGUGUGGAGGAGGCCUAUGAGCUCGGCCGAAGGGCCAUCUGCUAUGCCACCCAUCGUGACGCCUAUUCGGGCGGGGUGGUAAACAUGUACCACAUGAAGGAAGAUGGCUGGAUCCGUGUCGGGCGGACGGAUGUCAGUGACCUGCUCCACCAGUAUGUGGAGGAGAAGAAAUGAGAUGGGCAGAUGACCGCAAGCACGGAGAUCUUCUGAUACUCAGGGCUGACAGAGAGGAAAGGGAUGGGGGACCGGCCCCCCUGUCUUUUCACGGGGCAACAAUAAACCGCAUUU